AUGGCAAGUUCUAUCCGGGUAUCCCUCCCGGAUGACGACGAGGGCAGGCCCGGUGCGGAAUACGACUCUUGUGGGUUUCUCCAGCUCGUCGAGUCCCGCUUGUCUCAGCUGGAGAGCGACGUACGCUUACUGAAGAGCCAGCAGGGUGACGCUGGUAGCGCUUCGGCUUCCACCAACGUGGGAAGAAGACCAAGUGAAGGAGGCCAUAGCAUUCCUAUUGUACCCGAGGCAGAUUCUGAGGGAUCAGUCGCCACCCCCGAUGCUACUGACGGGAUUGGAUCCAUUGAAUUCACCAAGGAGGAUGACUCCGGCUACUAUGAAAUGGAUGCCCUAGUCGAACGCUUUUUCAGAGACACUGGUGCAUUAUACCCGUUUGUACACCCUGGGACUUUCAUGGAAACAUACAAUCGCACCAAGAGCAUCGGCUUCAAACGAUCUAGGCGCUCGUGGCUAGCCCUACUCAACUCCAUCCUGACCAUGUCUAUUUUCACCAUUGGAAGCUGGAGCUCAACAGCAACAGAGAGAGGUACAAAGGCAGAGGUGUUCUUCACGCGGGCCAAGUCCCUGUGCCUCGACCAGAUGCUGAGUGGCUCUAGCCUGGAGACAGUCCAAGCCAUGCUGCUCAUGAGCCAGUAUCUCCAAGGCACUCACCGCUCCGUCAUGACCUGGAACAUGCACGGCAUUGCUGUCAAGGCAGCCUUCCAACUGGGUCUGCACUCCCCGACCUCGCUGAAGGCCUACUCGGCACACGAGAGGGAGACUCGGUCCCGUACAUGGUUUGCUUGCGUCAUGCUAGACCGAACCUUGAGCAUGACAUUUGGCCGGCCUCCUGCGAUCCCAGAGUCAUACAUACGCACCCCACUACCAAAGCCACAUAGCGGAACAAGCAUUCUGCCGGACUCGGAGCCGUCUCUGGAUGAUACUAUGAGCAUCCAGUUCUUCGUGUCUACUGUGACAUUGUAUAAGGUCAUGUGGACCAUCAUAGAACGACUCUACGAUUGCAACAUAGCAUACCCAGACAACAGUGCCAUAUCCAUAGCGUCCCGGAUUCUCCAGAUUGAACAUCAGCUUCUAGAAUGGCAAACCUCUCUCCCACCCCUCCUAUCUCUGACCAACCCCACGGAAGUACGCAACGACGAUGACUUUAGCUUGGCACGGCGCUUCAGAGUCAUUCUCACCCUCAGACAGCACAACAUCCUCCUCCUCGCCCACCGCCGGAUAUUAGACUUGUACCUCGCUGGUAUCGAGAAAGGCCGGGCUUACGAUUCCAAUGAGUCGAUGCUCAUGCAAGUCGGCGAGAGAAGUAAAUGCGUGUCUUUCCAGGUGGCAUCAGAACUGAUCGGGAUCGUCAAGACCAUCACCCAUUCCCCGCAACCCAAGUGUGGCCUUCUCGGCGCAUGGUGGUUUACGCUAUACUACACUUUGAAUGCCACACUGACAAUUGUCACAAUAAUUUUGUGCAAUCACGCCAGCAGCCCUAUUCCUACUGCGCCGAGCGAAACCGGGGGCAUACCAAACCAGGCCCUGAAAGAUGUCUUCGAGGAUGCCCUGGUCUGUCUGCCACUCAUAGACAAGGAAAACAGCAUGGUUGACAAGUGUGCCAAAUUUGUGGCCACGCUGCAGCAGUGUCUGAACUUGCUAGAUCAACCCGGAUCUGAUGAUCCUGCCCAGUCAAGAUUGGCUGUGAACGGACAAACACAGAUAGCCGCUGCUCGAGACGGCCAGAACGGGGAGUACGCCCAGGCUCCGCUAGCGAUGGAAGCGGCUAAUAUCGACUUUGCCGCGCUCGGGUGGGAGGCGGAGGGUUUCUUGUCUUCGCUCAACGGAGGCUUUGCUGGCUUCAUGGAGGGGAGUUACCAGGACUCGGAUUUGUUCUGUUAG